AUGGAGCGAAACAUCACCGUCCUCCUAUCCCUUCUUCUCUGCCUCCUCCUUUCGUGCCAUGUAUCCGCAGCCGGCGCUACCGCCAAGCGGCGGCACUCGUCGCCGCUGUCGCGUCCCCAUCGUGUGAUCACGGCGGAGGCGGCCCCGGCCACGGAGGUGCCGGCGAUGGUGCAGUACGAGACGCGGUACCACACACAGCGGCUGGACCACUUCAACGCGGCGCCGGCGAGCUACCGCACGUUCCCCCAGCGCUACCUGGUGAACGGCACGUACUGGGGCGGCAAGACGGCGCCGGUGUUCGUGUACGCCGGUAACGAGGGCAACAUCGAGCUCUUCACCAACAACACCGGCUUCAUGUGGGAGCUCGCGCCUCGCUUCCGCGCCAUGCUCGUCUUCAUCGAGCAUCGGUACUACGGGCGAUCGGUGCCGUUCGGGAGCGAGGAGGCAGCAUUCAGGAACACGAGCACGGCGGGGUACCUGACGACGACGCAGGCUGUCGCCGACUUCGCCACGCUCGUCCAAAGCCUCAAGGCCAACCUCAGCGCACCGACCGCCCCCGUCGUCGUCUUUGGUGGCUCCUACGGCGGCAUGCUGGCAGCGUGGAUGAGGAUGAAGUACCCGCACGUGGUUAUUGGGGCCGUCGCGUCGUCGGCACCAAUCCUCAGCUUCUACGGCAUGGCCGAUCCCUACGCCUUCUAUGACAUCAUCUCCAACGAUUUCAAGAGUGAAAGCAAGAAUUGCCACGACGUACUCAUGAACUCGUGGAAGGAGCUGGACAAGGCGCUGUCCAAUGACGCCGGCCGGGCGCAGCUCAACAGUACGUUCAAAAUGUGCCGAGGUAGUACAGUGGAGGCGAUACCGGACUUGCUCGACACCGCCAUCGUCUACUCCGCCAUGACGGACUACCCGACGGAGUCCGGCUUCCUCACCCACCUCCCGGCCUAUCCCGUCAAAGAGAUGUGCCGCGCGAUCGACAACCCAAAGUCGGGCAAGGACACCUUCUCGAGGAUCAAUGAAGCCUUGAUGGUCUACUACAACUACACCGGCAACGCGCCUUGCCUUGGCGACGCCACCGAGCAUGACCCUUACGGCAUGUUCGACGGCUGGGACUUUCAGGCGUGCACGGAGAUGAUCCUCAUGAGCUACGGCGUCCGCAACGGCAGCGUUCUGCCGCCGGAGCCCUUCAACUUCACCAAGCUCCUCGACGGCUGUCGCGCCUCCACCGGCCUGCCGCCGCGGCCAUACUGGAUCCCCACAGAGUUCGGAGGAUUCGAUAUUGCAAAUGUUUUGAAGAGGUCAGCUAGCAACAUCAUCUUCUUCAACGGGCUCCGAGAUCCAUGGAGCAGUGGCGGCGUACUGAAGGACAUCUCAAGAAGCAUCAUGGCACUGGUUGAGCCAAAAGGUUCACACCACGUAGACUUGAGAUUCUCCAGCAAGGACGACCCUGAUUGGCUUAAGCAGGUGCGGGAAAAGGAGACGAGAAUCAUAGGGCAUUGGCUCAAUCAAUACUACAAAGAUGAAGCCAUAAAGUCCUAG